UCUGUGGGUAGGCCUAUGUCUAAUCAAAAUGGUUAACCUAAAUCGGCAUACAAACAAUCGUUAUAAUUGUUAUAAAAUAAUAAUGAGUGGAGAAUACCAUUUUUCAUGCAAAUCUCUGUUGGUUAUUGUGCGGUACGUGAACGCGCCGCAAUCAACAGUGCUCAGCGUCUUCUGAGAGCGCGCGAGAGAUCCACGGAGAGACAGGACAACGAGGGGAGAGGCAGGAAGAGGGCGCGAGACAAAUAGGGAAAAUCCACAAUAAUGGAGUGGCGGCGGGGGAGGUCGGUUUCGCGAGCUCGGACUGGUCAUAGUUGAUGUUUUCAUUUUCUCAAAAUUGGAUAUAAAUUCUAUAAUUAGGGACUGUGCGCCGAUAUCUCCAGCUCAAAGAAGCCCUCCACGGAUGCCUCAGAUGCUACACGUAAACGGGGGAUCCACCACUGGCACCAGGCAACAGCUUAUCAUUUCUGGUGGGCUUGGAUGAGGAUACUAAAGGACAUAUUUUUAAGAUAGCAUUGGUUGAGGAUAUUGCAAAACCGUAUUACUGUGAAAUAUCCUAUUUCGGACUCCACUUCUCUUUUCUAAGGAACGAUACAUUAUUAAUUACCAGUAUUAUACAUACAUGUAUCUAUUCAACAAUGUUUAGGCUUGUAGGUUCGCAGGUUGAAUCUACAAUGAUAUGGUAGCCAAAAAUAAAUAAAUAAAGGCUAGUCAAUAAUAACAACGAAUCAACGUAUUUUAAUAUAAAGUAUUUUUAAAAUUAAUAGCUACACUGCUACCAAAUUUACAAUCACAGCUUUCACAAACGGAGACGCGCAAAGACUGAGUGAGCCAUUAAAAUAACGAAAAGAAAGCUACAGUAUAGUGGAAAACAUGUUGCCUUCACAAGAAGCCGUCAAGAUUUACCAUGAUAACUACAUGCGGAACUCCCGCGCCAUCGGGGUACUCUGGGCGAUAUUCACCAUAUGCUUUGCCAUCAUCAACGUGGUGGUCUUCAUUCAGCCCUACUGGAUCGGGGACAGUGUGAGCACGCCGCAGGUGGGUUACUUCGGCUUGUUUCACCAGUGCGUUGGAAGAGGACCUCACAACCGAGAGCUCACCUGCACGGGAAGCUUCGCGGAGUUCAGCUCCAUCCCCUCCGGCGCCUUCAAAGCGGCGUCGGUCUUCGUGUUUCUGUCCAUGGUGCUGAUUCUGGGCUGCAUCGCCUGCAUGGCGCUCUUCUUCUUCUGCAACACCGCUACCGUCUACAAGACUUGUGCCUGGAUGCAGCUCCUAUGUGCUGUAUGCCUGGUGUUGGGCUGUAUAAUCUUUCCAGAUGGCUGGGAUGCAGAGGUGGUGCGGGACCUGUGUGGGGAGGAGACGGGGAAGUAUACCCUGGGUAACUGCUCUGUCCGCUGGUCUUACAUCCUGGCGAUUAUGGGCAUCCUGGACGCCCUGAUCCUCUCCUUCCUGGCCUUCGUCCUGGGAAACAGACAGAACAACAUGUUCCUGGAGGAACGCAAGGCUGACAACAAUAAAGAUUUUGCUGUGUCCGGGGUAAGUGACUUCAUUGAGGUCCGGGACAGAAGAAGCGACCCAAGGUAUGUUGGAGUCCAGCGGUUGUACUGAUGGGAUCUUUACCGUGGAAGACCACCUCUCCUCUACUCCCUGCCAUCCAGUCAAUCCGGCUAUAUGUGCAGACCACAUGUAUAGAUGUAGGAUCUUAAUUUGAGCCAGUUUGCUAUAGUAGGGAAAUGUGAAUUAUUUUGUGGAUAAUAAAAAAUAGACAUUUUUGUAGGGGCUUGAUCCAUUUUUUUGUAAGGGAAAACCAAGUCUGAAAUUUCAACGUGGAAAUAACAAACUUCAGAAGUCUUUUUAAACCUCAGAUACACUACAAGUUUAAUGUUUACUGCAUUGCAAGAAAGUUCUCCUGCAACAAGGUGAUCAAAUGAAGAGCCUACAUCUGUACAGCAUUCAGUGUUAUAAAACUGGGAGAAACCAUAUUUUAUGUUGUAAAGUGCAUUAACAAUACUUUUAAAAAAAUGACAGUAUUUGUAAAUAUUAUGUGUCCAAAAGGAACUAUAUAUUGCAGCUUUACAGAAAUCGACAUCUCUGGGAAUCUAUGUACUGUACAUACAAAGUCAUGUAUACAGUAUAUUGGUACUGGUACAUUGGGCAAAAAAACAAGAUCAUCCAACAAUGAAAAUCUUGUUCAGUGUAUUUCUACCCUUUGCAUAAUGAUUUGAGUAAAGGGUAGAAUAAAGUAGAACAAAACAAAUAUUUUGUAAACAUUUAAUAUACCCUAUAAAACUAAGCUUUUGGUGUUUCUUUUUGAAGGCAUUUACUGUAAACAGUGAAAAUUUGAGAAUCAUUUUUGAAAUGAUUAAACUGAAACAGGGUAGAUUAAUGAAAUUAUCCAGUAGAUAGAGGACAGGAAAACGUCAUAUUUGGCACUAAUCUCUCAGAAGGAAGCCCUGUAUGCUGCAUUCUCUAGGCACUGAGACACAGGGCCACAGGUCUCCACCAUACCGUCCAAACUGGCCUUCUACGGCACAUUGCAGUGACCAACACACACUGUGCCAGGCUGCCUGCCCAGAUGGGCUUUCAGUGGGCCUGUGUGUAAUUCACCUUAACACCCCACAAUGGAAAAAGUAUCCUGGUAAAAAAUCUAUGUAGAGGCAGGAUUUCUACUAACUUUUAAAAUGAAUAUUUUUAAAUGGUAUCUAGUGAAGGACUACACAUUUGUACUUAUUGUCCAUCAUCUUUGCUACAUUGUAUACAGUUAUUGUAAAUUGAGAAGCUAUGUAUGUUUUUAGGUGGCAGCCGAUCCUCAGGAAGCUGUACUGUAAGACAGCAAUUAUUGUACACUGAUUCAAACACUAUUGUUCCUCCAGAAUAGAGCCUUGGGUCUGAUGAGACACUUCAAGAUUUCAAGCAUAGUUUUUGUGACCCAAUGAGCAGACAAACCUUAACCCAAUGAGCAAACUACUGUACCUUUAGGUGCAUAUGGAAGUCUAUAAUACAGAUGGGAUACAUAACCAGUGACUCCGAUGUUUUAUUCUGGCUCCAAAGUAGCUCUGUCCUGUCUUUGUCCCAUCACUUAACUCAGUGGGAGGGCUCUUUAAAUAGCAGGCAACUAACAGAGUCAAGGAGAAGACACACUGGGGAUAGACACAGUAGUAAGAAUAUACAUAUUCUAAAAAGAUUUUAGAUGUUGGUCUCAAUCAGUUCCUACUUUUUAAAAUAUCUUGCCCACAAAAAUGUUGCCAAAAUAUGUUGCCAUCAUUUGAAAAACAUAUCAAUGAUAACUGGCGUAUUGUUUUAGUAUAUUGAAGUAUAAUACUGUAUAUGUAUGUGAUUGUUGAGUAUUUCUGCUCACAUUUUAGUUGUAUGUGCUAUUGAAUGAAGCAGUAAUGUACUGUGAGACUUUCACAGAAAAUGUGAUGAUGAUCAUUCAGUCACUCACUUUGUAAGGCAACACUUAUUGAUAGAGUGAUGGUCCAACAACAAAAACAACAACUACAACAGCAUCAAAUAAGAGUUUCCCAUUGUCUAAUGACUGUCCAUAUAUAUAAAUGUGUCAAAAUCCUGUAGCCUGCAUUCGGAAAGUAUUCAGACCCCUUGACUUUUUCCACAUUUUGUUACAUUACAGCCUUAUUCUAAAAUUUAUUUAAUUGUUUUUCCCUCAAUCUACAUACAAUACCCUAUAAUGACAAAGCAAAAACCUGAUUUUAAGACAUUUUUGCAAAUGUAUAAAAAAUAAAAGCUGAAGUAUGACAUUUACAUACAGUUGAAGUCGGAAGUUUACAUACACCUUAGCCAAAUACAUUUAAACUCAGUUUUUCACAAUUCCUGACAUUUAAUCAUAGUAAAAAUUCCCUGUCUUAGGUCAGUUAGGAUCACUACUUUAUUUUAAGAAUGUGAAAUGUCAGAAUAAUAGUAGAGAUAAUGAUUUAUUUCAGCUUUUAUUUCUUUCAUCACAUUCCCAGUGGGUCAGAAGUUUACAUACACUCAAUUAGUAUAUGGUAGUAUAUUAGUAUAGUAUAUAUGGUAGUAUAUUAGUAUAUGGUAGCAUUGCCUUGAAAUUGUUUAACUUGGGUAAAACGUUUCGGGUAGCCUUCCACAAGCUUCCCACAAUAAGUUGGGUGCAUUUUGGCCCAUUCCUCCUGACAGAGCUGGUGUAACUGAGUCAGGUUUGCAGGCCUCCUUGCUCGCACACACUUUUUCAGUUCUGCCCACAAAUGUUCUAUGGGAUUGAGGUCAGGGCAUUGUGAUGGCCACUCCAAUACCUUGACUUUGUUGUCCUUAAGCCAUUUUGCCACAACUUUGGAAGUAUGCUUGGGGUCAUUGUCCAUUUGGAAGACCAAGCCUUAACUUCCUGACUGAUGUCUUGAGAUGUUGCUACAAUAUACCCACAUAAUUUUUCUGCCUCAUGAUGCCAUCUAUUUUGUGAAGUGCAGCAGUGCCUCCUUCAGCAAAGCACACCGACAACAUGAUGCUGCCACCCCCGUGCUUCACUGUUGGGAUGGUGUUCUUUGGCUUGCAAGCCUUCCCCUUUUUCCUCCAAACAUAACGAUGGUCAUUAUGGCCAAACAGUUCAAUUUUUCUUUUUAAAGAAGGAUUUUUCUCCCCAUGUGCAGUUGUAAACCGUAGUCUGGCUUUUUAUGUUGAUUUCGCAGCAGUGGCUUCUUCCUUGCUGAGUGGCCUUUCUGGUUAUGUCGAUAUAGGACUGGUUUUACUGUGGAUAUAGACUUUUGUGCCUGUUUCCUCCAGCAUCUUCACAAGGUCCUUUGCUGUUGUUCUGGGAUUGACUUGCAUCUUUUGCACCAAAGUACGUUCAUCUCUAGGAGACAGAACGCGUCUCAUGAACGUGGUACCUUCAGGUGUUUGGAAAUUGCUCCCAUUGAUGAACCAGACUUGUGGAGGUCUAUAAUUUUUUUUUCUGAGGUUUUGGCUGAUUUCCUUUGAUUUUCCCAUGAUGUCAAGCCUGAGUGUGAAGGUAGGCCUUGAGAUACAUCCACAGGUACACCUCCAAUUGACUCAAAUGAUGUCAAUUAGCCUAUCAGAAGCUUCUAAAGCCAUGACAUAAUUUUCUGGAAUUUUUAUGCAUGCACAGUCAUCUUAGUGUAUGUAAACUUCUGACCUACUGGAAUUGUGAUACAGUGAAUUAUAAGUGUAAUAAUCUGUCUGUAAACAAUUGUUGGAAAAAUUACUUGUGUCAUGCACAAAGUAGAUGUCCUUACCGACUUGACAAAACUAUUUUUUUAUUUCUAUUUUACCUUUAUUUAACUUGGCAUGUCAGUUAAGAACAAAUUAUUAUUUUAAAUGAUGGCCUAGGAACAGUGGGUUAACUGCCUUGUUCAGGGGCAGAAUGACAGAUUUGUACCUUGUCAGCUUGAGGAUUUGACCUUGCAACCUUUCGGUUUCUAGUCCAACACUCUAACCACUGUGCUAUGCUGCCGCUACGCUGCCAAAACUAUAGUUUGUUAACAAUAAAUUUGUGGAGUGGUUGAAAAGCGAGUUUAAAUGACUCCAACCCGAGUGUAUGUAAACUUCUGACUUCAACUGUAAGUAUUAAGACCCUUUACUCAACACUUUGUUGAAGCACCUUUAGCAGCGAGUACAGCCUCAAGUCUUCUUGGGUAUAAUGCUACAAGCUUGGCACAACUGUAUUUGAGGAGUUUCUCCCAUUCUCCUCUGCAGAUCCUCUCAAGCUCUGUCAGGUUGGAAGGGGAGCGUCACUGCACAGCUAUUUCCAGGUCUCUCCAGAGAUGUUAGAUCGGGUUUAAGUCUGGGCUUUGACUGGGCCACUCAAGGGCAUUCAGAGCCUUGUCCCGAAGCCACUCCUGUGUUGUCUUGGCUGUUUGCUUAGGGUCGUUGUCCUGUUGGAAGGUGAACCUUCUCCCCAGUCUGAAGUCCAGGGUGCUCUGGAGCAGGUUUUCAUCAAGCAUCUCUCUGUACUUUGCUCUGUUCAUCUUUCCCUCUAUCUGACUAGUCUCCCAGUCCUUGCCUCUGAAAAACCUCCCCACAGCAUGAUGCUGCCACUACCAUGCUUCACCGUAGGGAUGGUGCCAGUUUUCCUCCAGACGUGACGCUUCGCAUUCAGGCCAAAGAGUUCAAUCUUGGUUUCAUCAGACCAGAGAAUGUUGUUUCUCAUGGUCUGAAAGUCCUUUAGAUGCCUUUUGGCAAACUCCAAGCGGGCUGUCAUGUGCCUUUUACUGAGGAGUGGCUUCCACCUGGCCACUCUACCAUAAAGCCUGAUUGGUGGAGUGCUGGAGAGAUGGUUGUACUUCUGGAAUGUUCUCCUAUCUCCACAGAGGAACUCUGGAGCUCUGUCAGAGUGAGAGUGAUCAUAGGGUUCUUGGUCACCUCCCAGACCAAGCACCCUUCCCCAGAUCUGUGUCUCGACCCAAUAGUGUCUCGGAGCUCUACAGACAAUUCCUUUGACCUCAUGGCUUGGUUUUCCUCUUGCAUGCACUGCCAAUCGUGGGACCUUAAAUAGACAGGUGUGUGCCUUUCUAAAUCAUGUCCAAUCAAUUGAAUUUACAACAGGUGGACUCCAAGUUGUAGAAAUAUCUCAAGGAUGAUCAAAGGAAACAAGAUGCACCUAAGCUCACAUUUUGAGUCUCAUAGCAAAGGGUCUGAAUACUUAUGUAAAUAAGGUAUUUCUGUUUUUUAUUUUGAAUAUAUUUGCAAACAUUUAAAAAAUAAAUGAUAUAUUUUUUAUUUAAUCCAUUUUAGAAUAAGGCUGUAACGUAACAAAAUCUGAAAAAAGGUAAGGGGUCUGAAUAGUUUCUGAAUGCACUGUACAGUGCCCUCUGUAAUUGUUGGGACAGUGAAAUAUUGUUUUCUUCUAUUGGCUCUUUACUCCAGUACUUUGGAUUUGAAAUGAUACAGUUACAUGUUAAAGUGCAGACUGUCUGCUUUAAUUUUAGGGUAUUUAAAACGUGAAUAUUUGAAUAUUUCAGUAAGGAUGAGUGAGAACGUUACAUACGCACAAAUAUCAUAACCCCCACAAAAAUGCUAACCUCCCCUGUUAUUAUAAUGGUGAGAGGUUAACAUGUCUUGGGGGUAUGAUAUUUUUGCGUCUGUAACUUUCUGACUCAUCGUUAUUCACGAUUAAUUCAGGACCGUCCGUAAUCAUGGUAGCAUCCACAUUAAUGUAGAAGUGUUAAGAACAUAUUAUAUUCUUAUUUACAAUAAAAAUGACUCCAAAAUGACACAAUACAUUAUUUACCAUUCACUUCUAUUGGGCACAACAUAAUCUGAAACACAACUAAAACAAACAGCAAAUGCAUCCAACAAUUUGUAGAAUCACAAGCUUGAUGUAGUCAUUGCGUGCUAGGAAUUUGGGACCAAAUACUAAACUUUUGACCACUUGAAUACACAUAAGUUCAUUUGUCCCAAUACUUUUGGUCCCCUAAAAUGUGCUGUAACUUCUAAACUCGACAUGGAUGAAAAUACCCUCAUGUCAAAGCUGACAGUCUGCAAUGUAACCUCAGAGGCAUUGUAUAAUUCAAAUCCAAAAGGCUGGAGUGCAGAGCCAAAACAACCAAAUAAAUUGUUACUGUCCCGAUAAAUAAGGCAUUGUAUCUGAAAUGUUCAAGUCAAAUGUGUGAAUAAAGUUCAAAUUCGCCAUCUGACAUUACUGUUAUAAAGUAUUUGGAGAAGGUC